CCUUGAAAUGGCUUCAAACCGCUGAAUUAACCGGUCGUCGUGCUCGCUGGGUAUUACGGAUGCAACCGUAUAACUUCAAGAUACAGCAUCGCCGUGGUCAUGUGCACCGUAACGUGGAUGCCUUGUCGAGACUCCCUGUAAAACAAAAGACCUACCAUGAUCAACGUCACCAGAUUAUCUCUGGGUUUGAAAUCGGAGACAAAGUUCUGUUGGAAGAUGCCGCCAAGAAAUACUCUCGAAGUGAGAAAUUUUCCCCAAAGUGCAAAGGCCCGUAUUACAUUCACGAUAAACUUCCCAAUGAUGCCUACAAAUUAAAGACACUGGAUGGAAAGGUCAUCGUUGCACCGUUCAAC